AUGAAUGUCUUCGAGUAUUUCAUUUCAUGUGAUACGCUCGGCGCCCAACCCUAUCAGGGCUACAGCAAUGAGUUGGUGCUUAAGAACGUGAUCAAAGGCAUGCGCCUCCCGGAGCCCGAGAACUGUCCCCGAAAGCUUUGGCGAAUAAUGCAAUUCUGUUGGCGCCGACACCCGAAGGCCAGGCCCUCGUUCACGGAGAUCACGGAAUACCUGCUGCCGCUGUCGAACCAGUCGUUCAAAGAGAAGUGCUAUUACCUGAACAACAGCACCAUUAAGACGUUCGGCAGCAGUGGUGUGAAGCGGCCCAAAAAGUCGUGGUACGCGUGGAUGACUACCAAUCGGCUGAUACUCAACGAUCUGAAACCGGGCGCUGAGAUGAUCGACGACACCACCCAAUACUGCCCAAUGAGUCCAGUGAUGGACGACAGCGUCGGCACCGGUUGUGGCGGCGACGAUAAGGACGACCAGAGGGACAGCGGUUUGGUCGCCGAUAUGCGGACAACCGGUGACGAGCUGUCGGAACAACACAUUAAGUUUCUCAACAAAUUGAACGAAGAGAAGACUCUGGAGGUCGACGUGUCGGACGAC